AUGGAAGACGCGUACGCUAGAUCCAUCACCGAGGUAAUUGCCUUCUCUCGCUUCUUUCACAGCACGAAAUUCGCUUGCCAAUGGAGGUCAAAUUGGACUCCAUUUUGGAAAUUGGUUCUAAAACAGUUUGAUGAUUUGCUUGUUAAGAUACUGAUUGCUGCUGCUGUUGUUUCUCUUGUUUUGGCUUUGAUCAAUGGGGAAACUGGCUUGACAGCUUUCUUGGAGCCUUUUGUGGGUUGGCCUAUUGUUGACUUGGUUAUCCUGUUGAUUUUGGCUGCCAAUGCUGCUGUAGGUGUAAUUACAGAAACAAAUGCUGAGAAGGCUCUUGAGGAGCUACGUGCCUAUCAAGCUGAUAUUGCAACCGUGCUGCGAAAUGGUGAUGCUACCGUUGUUCUCUCCAUGCUAUUAUAUACUUGUGAUAUCACUGGCUGCUUUAGCCUUAGGCUUUUGCUUAACUAUUUAAUGUGCGGGGCAGGAUUUGGUUACUUGCUAGAACUUCUUGAUUCAAUAUACCUAUAUGAGUUGGCAGUUGUAUUGUUUGCAAUUGUUACUUUAAACCCACACUGUGAUAUUGUGGAAGUCAGUGUGGGAUGCAAGAUUCCAGCUGACAUGAGAAUGAUUGAGAUGUUAUGUAAUCAAUUACGUGUUGAUCAAGCAAUUCUUACUGGUGAGAGCUGUUCUGUUGAAAAAGAGCUCGAGUCCAUCAUAGCAACAAAUGCCGUGUACCAAGACAAAACAAAUAUUCUUUUCUCAGUAUUUAUUCUGAACUCUGUUGCAGUCUUUCAUCAAAUGUACAUAGAGGAUGUAGCUACUGUUUCCCUUUUGAUAACUGUUUCCUGUAAAUUUGGUAUAUUGCACAUGACUUCUGCUAUCGCCUUUGUAGUGGUUGCGGGCAGGGCAAGAGCUGUUGUUGUUGGAGUUGGAGCUAAUACUGCCAUGGGGAGCAUCCGGGAUUCCAUGUUGAGGACAGAUGAUGAAGCAACUCCAUUGAAGAAGAAGUUGGAUGAAUUUGGCACUUUUUUGGCUAAGGUCAUUGCAGGGAUUUGUAUACUUGUGUGGAUUGUAAACAUUGGUCACUUCCGUGACCCUUCUCAUGGCGGGUUCUUGCGCGGUGCGAUCCACUAUUUCAAGUAUGAAUUAGUUGAAUGCCCUUGGGAUGUCUUUUCAGACGCUCAUGUGCAGAAGGUGUUCUGGUUUAAUUUCACCUCAGUUAUUGCAGUUGCUCUUGCAGUUGCAGCAAUUCCUGAAGGGCUUCCAGCAGUCGUCACAACGUGUUUGGCUCUUGGAACAAAGCGUAUGGCUCGGUUGAAUGCCAUUGUGCGGUCUUUGCCAUCCGUGGAGACUUUAGGCUGCACUACAGUAAUCUGCAGUGAUAAGACCGGAACAUUGACAACUAAUAUGAUGUCUGUCUCAAAGAUAUGUGUUGUUCAUUCUGUUCAUCGUGCUCCAACAAUUUCUGAAUACAAUGUGAGUGGGACAAGUUAUGCUCCAGAAGGCAUUAUUUUUGACAGCACUGGGAUGCAGCUUGAAUUUCCAGCACAGUUGCCUUGUCUUCUACACAUGGCUAUGUGUUCAGCCAUUUGCAAUGACUCUAUCUUACAGUAUAAUCCAGACAAGGGAAUCUAUGAAAAAAUCGGGGAGUCCACUGAAGUAGCACUACGUGCUCUGGCAGAGAAGGUUGGCUUGUAUAGCUUGGCAAUAUAUAUAGCAGCUAGAUAUUACCAUAGCUGUCCAGUUGGUCUUCCUGGUUUUGAUUCCAUGCCUUCUGCACUGCAUAUGCUGAGCAAGCAUGAGCGUGCGUCUUACUGUAAUCACUAUUGGGAAAGCCAAUUCAAAAAGAUUGUUCUUGAUUUUGGGAUUGUCUACUUGUUUUCUGCUGGUUCAUUGGUUUCUGUUUUGGAAUUCUCUCGUGAUCGAAAAAUGAUGUCUGUCUUAUGUAGUCGGAAGCAGACGGAAAUUAUGUUUUCUAAAGGUGCUCCAGAAAGUAUUGUCUCUCGAUGCUCCAAUAUUCUCUGCAAUGAUGAUGGUUCGACUGUUCCAUUGUCUGCUGCUGUCCGAGAUGAUUUUGCAGGAAAAGAAACAUUGAGAUGCCUGGCUCUAGCUUUCAAACAGAUGCCCAUUGGUCAACAUUCUCUCUCCUUUGAAGAUGAGAAGGACCUUACAUUUAUUGGGUUGGUCGGGAUGCUUGAUCCACCUAGAGACGAAGUGAGAAAUGCUAUGCUCUCAUGCAUGACCGCUGGUAUACGUGUUAUAGUUGUCACGGGGGACAACAAGUCAACAGCAGAAUCACUUUGUAAUAAGAUUGGUGCUUUUGAUCAUUUGGAAGAUUUUGCCGGACGUUCAUACACUGCUUCUGAGUUUGAAGAGCUUCCUGCUUUGCAGCAAACACUGGCUUUGCAACGCAUGGCACUUUUUACCAGGGUUGAACCUAGUCAUAAAAGGAUUCUGGUGGAGGCCUUGCAACAUCAAAAUGAAGUGGUGGCAAUGACUGGUGAUGGUGUCAAUGAUGCACCUGCACUAAAGAAAGCAGAUAUAGGAAUUGCCAUGGGGUCUGGAACAGCAGUUGCAAAGAGUGCUUCAGAUAUGGUUUUGGCAGAUGACAAUUUUGCUUCCAUUGUUGCGGUAUAA